GUCCAAGGGUACUGCGGAAUGGCAACUGCGAUUGAGAUAGUCAUUUCCUCCGGGUUCAGAGAACUUUCAGUUUUUGUGGUGUGACAUGUUUUCACUUGAAACGUCAGCUCCCGAAAAUUUCUACCGUAUAGCCCUUGUCGUGGAAACCCAAGUCGAGUUCAGUCAAUUUCCUCUCAGUGGCGGAUGCUCCCUCCUAACUCGUGUGCGCGUGUGGCGCGAGGCAUAACGUGCAGCUGUAUGCAGGAGCACACAAAGGUGUGUUUUCGGCGACCCCGUGUUUUCCCAUUUUCUACUCACCUGAGUUUUUUCAUCGAGAAGUGACACCUCCGAUCUCGCGUACACGUUUCACUCGCCGCUGCAGACUCGACUCCAGAGGGGUGCUCAAACCAGCCAUUGGCUGGUCGCGAAGCGGUGCCUUUAAACGGCAUCGGUCCGUCGAUUACCGCUGCCCGUCCGUCGACUGCGAAAGCCCGCCGGCGUCGAUUGCUAGUGGUGGAAUCCCAAUCACGCCAAUUUGUCGCGACGGUGGUUCCAGUACUAUUUGGUUGGCCCAGAGGCGAGUGUACGCUGGAACCCCGUCCAGCGCUCCGCAGGAGUGCGGUGCCCGCCUGACCGAAAAAGUAGCUGAGUCGAGAAAUCAAAAACAGCUAGGAUCGUGUUCAAAAGAAGUACCGUUCCUGCCUCGCAGAGGCCAAAGUCUGCAUUCAUCAGCAGCGACGACAUACUUAUGUGUGUCCUCGAGCCCCGCGCGCAGCAGGUUGUAGGCUGUGUAAGCGAGUGUGUGAGUGUAUGUACACACCGUUGCAGUUGGAUAUCCCAUCGACCAGUUCAUUCAGUCUCCCUAUUUUGCACGAGUUACUUUUCCGGAAGCAUGUCAUCAUCAAUAUAAUCAUAUGGAUGCUUCAGACGUAAGGCAAGCUCUGUCUCUAGUGAUGUGAGCUCCUUUGUACGCGCUCUAACCGGUUCUGUUGAGUGGCUUUCAUAUAUCUGCUUUAACCACGUGCUUCCUUCCUCCGCCAAGCUUCACCCACAGUUUGUCUCCCUCAGUCAGACGUCACCGGAAAUGUGGCUGUAAUUGCUCCUGUGUAGCUCUGCCGUUCACAGUAACUGUCAUUCCUGCGACGCUGAAAUCUCACCGCUUUUGUGUCUCCUCUCUAGUCGGUUCGUCGUCCCCCCCCCUUCACCAUGAAGGCAACGCCGUCACUGUCACGUUUUCUGUUCCCGGGGUUUCUCCUGUUCUCCUCUUCCUUUUUUGUGUCUCCCUUCACACAUGUCGCGUUUAGCUCAACGCUAGUGAACACGCCGGUCCUUGGCCGGGAGAGUCUUCAUCUUUCAGCACCCUCCGAGGGGCUCGAGACACAUUCCGCACAGCCACAGUUCUUGGACAAAGGCGGUUCCGGCGAAAGCUUUGAUUUCGGAGGCCCGUGUUUCCCUCGUUUUACUGUAAGCAAUGAGGGAAUUUCUCCCCAGGAAGAACCGUCAAGGGAGCAAAGUCAAUCAGCUGCUGCCACGCACAGAGGACGGUGUAAUACGUCUUCCGCCCAACAGUGGGGCGAUAAUCGAAGUUGCGCCUUUGGCAAGCACUUGACACCGCGAGCAUGUGACAUUGCCUUUGCGUCCGUUCUGGUAGGCAGUGAGCAUCCCGAUAGAGAUCAACGCCAAGAAGGGACUCCCAUUCUCUUUUUCUUCGACAAACUGGACAGAAAUCGGGAUGGUGUGCUCGAUCUGAGGGAAGCCGUUCGCAUGUUAAACGCGCUUCUCAAAGAGAUUUCCCCUCCAGAUAACGGGUUCCCAGGCAUUUCUCGUCGGGACUGGUUCUCGGUAGCAUCCGCUUACGACCGUGGCUUUGUGUCGGAAAUCGUUGGACUCUUUGAUGAAGAUGGAGAUGGAGUUCUGCACUUGGGUGAGUUUUCCGCGCUUCUCCUCUCUGUCCACGCCAAGAGCAUUGGCCAAACAGCGCUGCUUGCGCUGAGCAUGAAGCAUCGUAGCGGAAUGGAUGACCUGUCGAGUGCGGGGUUUUCGAGUCUCUUCGGAAAUGUUUCCUCCACCGCACAUGGCCAACGGAGCAACAUACCGUUUUCGAAGAUGGGUACACCGGGCCAGUUGACGCGCGACGAAUUAAAGUUCACUUUGCGUUCCGUGCUGCAGCAACAGUACGCCGAUGCCGAACACGAGGUCGCGGUGUUUAUAGAGAGACUCGAGCGUGAGGAGCGCCGAAACGGUCCGUCUGCGGCCACCGACGAAGCAAGGCAAAGAAGAAUACACGAGCUCUUUACGAUGAGGGCCCUAGUGGAAAAGGGACUCGAGGGUCGAAUUACGAGAAGCGACAAGAACGGCGAUGGGCGGUAUGACCUCUUCGAGGUAAUUGGCGCUCUCGAAGCUGAAUCUGAGCACAUCGGAACGUGUUGGAUGUUUGCUUCCUUCGAUCGGGAUGGGGACGGGCGACUCUCCAUGGCGGAGGCUCGCACCAUAGCAGAGGAAGCGACGGUGUGGACAGUCUCCGACGGGCGUGGAAUCGCCGUCGAUACGGGCAGGGGGUUGCCUACAGUGGGCGAAAAGUCCAGGUAUUACAUACAAGACAGGGAUACCCAGAUGGACGUGCAGCGUGAAGAGGUUUGUACGCUCUGUUGGAUUUUAGAUGCAAACAAAGAUCAGUUUGUUACCUUCGAUGAAUUCUCCUUUCUCGUCCAUAACGAGGAUCUUGUUGCUCUUGGGCUUCGCGCAAUGCUUAAACGCGACAGGGACAUCGUUCAGUUUUAGAAUCAAACAAGUAGGAACCGGUCACUAAGCCUGUGGUUCCAGGCUAUAUUGUGGCUCUGAGCAUUCUGCUUUUUUCCUUGGUGUGGCACAACCAAGGUUGAUAGGAGAGGUUGUGAUGUACGGUCAGCUGUUUUUGCGUGACAAAGAAACCUCGACGGCCGCUGCAGGGUUAUUAUGGUGGCUGCCAGCAAGACAACUGAAGAUCGAUGAAAUCUGUUCCGGGUUCCUCACAAAUUUGUAGGGGUACAAAAAUUCCGUGUGUGCGCUGUCCGUCAUCUGGUGUUCACCGGUGUAUGCACAAAAGUUUUCAUUUGUAAUGCAGCAGAAAACAAAGUCCCAUCUUGAGGUAUUACAAGGUCUGCUGGUACUAUAUACUUUUUAUAUGUUUGUUAAUGCGGAAUUUAUAAAUGGGGGACUUGCGGCGAAGACAUUUUCCUUCAGCAUAGGGGAGGUGUGAGGUGGUACGGCUUUGGGGAUGGCUGUUUGACUACCACCAGAGCAGGAUACAUUGACAACGUGCACUCAUAACACUUACUCUCCGGCUGUCAAUCACAUGGGUAGCAGUGUGAACGAGCAACAAUAUAAAUAUUGCUUUUUGCAACAAAUCUUCAGAGCGUCAGCUCCAAGGGAUUUAUAUUUUCAGUUGUGCGUCGCUUUUUUUUUGUUUGCGGGGUGUGUAAAGGCCUGCCCUGGUUUCUUCACCCAAGGGAGAAGGACAAAGUUUGUAUCUGGGAUUCGCUUUUUCGCAACUGCCUUCGAAAGUGUAUUGUGCUCUGCCAUUCAUCAGUCCAUCAUCAUGUGAACACAGAUUCGAGCCCAGCUUUUGCCACCAUCAAGUAUAUCGGAGACAGGUGUCUGUAACCAGGUCCUCACAAAUGAGAGUGCGCACUCGACAUCGCCUGACACGCGCCUUCGAUUGAGUUUAUCUUUUCUCACUAGGCAGCCUUCACACCGGC